AAUCACUGAAAAACAAUUAAUAAAUUAAAGAAAAUCUGAAAAGCAAACAUAUUUCUAAUAAAUUUACAUAAAAAUCAAAAGAAAUUUCAUAGGAAAUAAAACACAUUACGUGAUGUAAAAAAAUAUGGUGCAACAUAACAUCUAUACAGUGAAGUGAGAAAAAGAAAAAACAACAUAAAAAAAUUUUGUGAUGAUGAAAAAAAAACGAGACACAACGGGUGGCGACUACAGUAAAAAUUGUAUAAAAAAUUAGAGAAAUAUUUUAUUGAAAAGUAAUAAAUUAUAUAAAAUUAAAUUAUUUGCAAAGUGUAAAUGAAAAAUUGUGUUAAAUAUUUUGGGUGUUUUUAUGUUUUUGUUGAACUUUAAAAACACAGAAUCAACAGUGAGUGAGUGUUUUAUUAUUUUUGUUCUUAUAUUUUUUUGAGGUUGGUUAAGACAAGGUGUACCUACACAAAACAAAACACAACCAUUGUAUGUACCAUAUAAUAAUAAUAAUACUACAGUGAAAAAGAAAUGAUGAAUACAUAUAGUUAGUAUAUGUAUGUACAACAAAAACAAAAUAAAUAAAAACAACAACUACUGCCAUGCAUAAAUACAUAUGUAUGCUCUUAAAAAGAUGAGACAAUUUUUAGAAAAAUAAAACAAAUCAACAAAAAAACAAUAAUAAUAACAACAUCAACAGCAGCAGCUAAAGCAAGUGCAAGACAAUUUAUACAUCACAACAAAAACAUCAUUCCUUUAAAGCAAAUUAAGAAGAACAAAAUAGAAAAUUAUUGUUGUAUCACAGAUUGUUUUGGGGUCUCAUACACACAAACUAUACAACAACGUAAAAGAUCAAGAAAAACAAAAUAAAUAAAUAAAAAUAUAAACAACCAUUCUGCUGGCUGAAUUGUGUCAAUCUUCUAAAAGAAUUUAUGUGUAGGAGUAACGCCAACAACUAGCCAAGCAUACCCCACAUAAAUAGUUGAUGAUUCCUAUAUUGAAACUAAAGCAACCAAAGCUAUAAUAUACAUUAAAAGCCGGACAGACAGACAGAUAGCAGGCGUAUAGACAUACAGACAGACAGCUGUAAAAGAGGAUCAAAUCUUGAAAGAUAUUUAAAUAAAAAGAGACACACACUUACUCUCUCUUUAUUUUCUCUUACUCUUGUAAUUGGAAUUUAUUUUUUAUUAAUUUUUAAUUUGUUGGAGUAGCGGUCAAUAGCAACAAAUAUAAUAAUGGGUGGCAAUAGUACGGCUGCUUUUAGCAUUGGCGGUUACAUUGGUGGCACUGGUGGUAGUAGUUUAGGUGGCAGUUCUGCUGGAGCGGUAGGUGGCGCCGUUGCAUCUGAUUUAAUUCCAAGUACCAGUAUGUUGAAUUCAACCUCUUCCGGUAUACCCUAUACGUGUGGUACUAGUUGGGAAGAGUUUUCCGAUCGUCAUGCUCGUGUUGCCGCUGCCGAUUUUGCCAAAGCUUGCAUCAAUUAUAUAAAUGGCAGCUUAACGCCCGAAGAGGCACGAAAUCUAUCACAUCGUAAUUUUGGUCAAAAGUUUUUGGAAUCAUUCGCUGAACACUUUGAAAAGGAAUUCUUUCGUAGGCGUAAUAAUUUAAAAGUAAGUACAAUGUUCUGCACAGAACUAGGAUAG